CUUUCAGAGUUUAGGAGGCAGAUGCUGGUAGAUAACCAAUACGGCCGUACUCUUCCGCUUGAUGUUGCACUCUCCGGGGGGAAGAGCAGAGAAAGUAGUGGAAAUGGGAACUUGCCGAUGGCCUUCGUCUCCUCCUUCAGGGCUGAUAUACCCUUUGUCGUCUCCGCCUCAGCCAUCGUUUAGCCGUGCUCAAGUUUCAUGCUCAGCUCGUCGGCCACAGUUUUCUCUAUCCUUAGUUGAUAAAACCCUUUGCAAGAUUUGGGAUACUGGUGCCAUAUCUUGCUUUUGGACCAACCGGCACAUUUUAUAUUUUUCACUGGCAUAUAGUGUAGAAGUGGCCUCGGAAGUUCCACGCGCUACAAAAGCAGGUUCUUCAGUAGCUGAUAAAGAAGCAUCUUGCAAUGACUCUAAGGAUUGGAAAUUACUUUCUAACUCCAGCCAUUCAAUCCUAGGCAUUAAUCAAGCUGACAUUGGUUUCACAUUUGAAACUCAUGAACGGUCAUCACUUGUUGAUCUUUUGAAAGUUUGUCAAGAAUGGGGUUUACUCCAAGAGGCAAAGUCUAUUCAUGGGUAUGUCUUAAAAUCAAACUUUACAGACCAGGAUUGCUUAGUGUUGUUGAAUCAUGUGAUGCAUGUGUACUCAAAUUGCAUGGAUUAUGAUGCUGCUCGUAAGGUGUUUGAUGGCAUGUCUCAGAGAAAUGUGUUCUCUUGGACAGUCAUGAUGGUUGCAUCAAAUGAACAUGGUUAUUAUUUUGAUGGAAUAGUGCUCUUUUGUAUGAUGCUGGAACAACAAAUCUCGCCAGAUGGCUUUGCUUUUUCCGCUGUUUUGCAAUCAUGUGUUGGCUUGGGUUUCAUUGAGUUUGUUGAGGUGGUGCAUGCCCAAGUUGUUAUAAGAGGUUUUCUGACUCAUACAGUUGUUAGUACAUCGCUUCUCAACUCAUAUGCAAAGUUGGGCAAGAUUGAGAGUUCGUCUAAGGUGUUCAACACCAUGGCAGAACUUAAUAUUGUCUCUUGGAAUGCAAUGAUUUCAGGGUAUACUUCAAAUGGUCUGCAUGCAAAAGCCUUUGAUUGUUUUAUCAACAUGGUUGAAUCAAGGAUCACACCUAAUAACUUCACCUUUAUUAGUGUUUCGAAGGCUGUUGGGCAGUUGGGCGAUGUGAACAAGUGUCAUGAAAUCUACAAAUUUGCAUCCAAAUGGGGAUUGGAUUCCAAUACUGUAGUUGGAACUGCUCUGAUUGAUAUGUACGCUAAGUGUGGUUCUCUAACUGAUGCACGGUUUCUUUUUGACUCAAAGUUCACAUUUUGUCAAGUUAGUACACCUUGGAAUGCAUUGUUAGCAGGUUAUUCACAAUCUGGUUCUCACCAUGAAGCUCUGAAGGUGUUCACAAGAAUGUGUCAAAAUGAUGUGAAAUCAGAUAUUUACACUUUCUGUAGCGUGUUCAACUCCAUUGCUUCUUUGAAGCAUCUGAAAUUCUUAAGGGAGACUCAUGCUGUGGCUUGGAAACAGGGACAUGAUGUGAUGAAAAUUAGUACAUUGAAUGCACUCAUUGAUGCAUAUGCCAAAUGUGGGUCACUGGAAGUUGUAGAGACGCUAUUUGAUAGAAUGGAAGAGAAAGAUAUAGUGUCUUGGACGACUUUGGUGACUGCAUGUUGUCAAUUUUCUGAGUGGGAGAAAGCCUUGAUCAUCUUCUACCAGAUGCGCAGAGAAGGAUAUGUCCCCAAUGAUUUCACUUUUUCUAUUGUGAUCACUGCAUGUGCUAGUCUUGGUUUGUUAGAAUUUAGUCAACAACUUCAUGGAUUGAUAUGCAAAGCCAGCCUGGUCACCGAAGCAUGCAUUGAAAGUGCUCUAAUUGACAUGUAUGCUAAAUGUGGCAACCUAGUUGAUGCAAAGAAGGUAUUUGAAAGGAUAUCCAACCCUGACACAGUUACAUGGACUGCCAUAAUAUCAGCUUACGCUCAACAUGGUCUUGUUGAAGGUGCCCUGCAGUUCUUUAGGAAGAUGGUGCAAUGGGGUGCCAAGCCGAAUGCUGUUACAUUAUUAUGUGUUCUUUUUGCUUGUAGCCACGGAGGAAUGGUCAAGGAAGGUCUGGACAUUUUCCAUCUAAUGGAGGAAACAUAUGGCGUGUCACCAGAAAUGGAACACUUUGCAUGUGUUGUUGAUCUCUUAGGUCGUGUUGGCCACUUAAAUGAGGCAAUGGAGUUCAUAAGAAAGAUGCCAAUUGAGCCCAAUGAAAUGAUUUGGCAGACUUUGUUAGGGGCAUGUAGGAUCCACGGAAAUACGGAGCUAGGGGAAAUUGCUGCUCAAAACAUUCUAUCCACUAUGCCAGAUUAUCCUGCUACUUACGUUCUUCUCUCCAAUGCAUACAUAGAAUCAGGUCUAUAUGAAGAUGGGGUUAGUUUGAGAAAUAUAAUGAAAGAACGAGGUGUGAAAAAGGAUCCAGGUUAUAGUUCAAUAUCUUUGAGAGGCGUGGUCCACAAGUUUUUAGCUGGGGAUAAACAACAUCCUCAAAAAGAUGAAAUUUACACUAUGUUAGACAAGUUGAUGACAAAUAUUGCGUCCAUUCAUGAUAUGGAUUUUAAUGGGUAAACAAGAAGUGAAGGGUGAUGGAGAACGACUUGAUGCUUGGAUGAAAUUUAGCCAGAAGCAGUCAAUUGAUUAUGAAGAAUUGUUACCUGAUUCAACUAUUCAACCAACUUGCAAGCCAAUUAUCAUUCUCAAAGCUACAGGACCAAAUUUUGCUCAUUGAAAUGUAGCUUUACCUAUCCUUAAAAUAUGUAUAUAAUCUACAAGGGUUUCAGUAUUAUAAAAUAGUGCAUCGAUUAUUAUUGGUCCCAUUUUAUGUUCAUUUGCCUUUAUGGCCUUCAAUAGACUCUGGUAAAUGUUAUAUUCUAUUAUAUAAUUCGGUGUAUUUAAAUUUGAAAAGAUAGCCUGUGCCAAGUGAGGUUGUGUGGAAUUA